AUGCAAGGCAGACACUGGUUUGACCCUUACUAUGAUGGUUCCAACUUCGCCCUCGGGGACUCGGCAUUUAUUGCAACAGAAACUCUUGCUGCACUAUUCAUAUUCCAGCUACUUUGUGAAGAAGAGACGAAGCCUGUUGACGCCGUACACCAUGUGGGCGGCCUGCUUAUUAUUCUGGGGUAUCCAGCUUGGACAGUCAGCCUGCCUGUCGGUUCGUCGUUUACUCUUGUCGAAGCGAAGGCGAUGGCUGAGAUCUGUCUAUUGUGGGUAUUAUUCUCUGACGCAUACGGAGCUGCAAAAAAUACGAGUCAUAUCCUGCGACGAUGUCUCCAACCUGCGAGUGCCGCAAUCGGCUGGCUUUACUUCUUCGCGUUCUACAGUAUCUUACUGAGUACAGCACUGGAGGCAAUAUCCGUCCUUUAUGCGACAUCUCUGAGUUGGGACAAGCUGUCGACAUUUUACAAACUGGUCAUUUUUGUCCUUCAGGGGUUGUUCACGUUGGCCAAAUCCCGAACCAUCCUGCCCUUUUAUACCAUGUACAGGAAGCAAAAAGCAAAACACUUGGGGAGUGCUACUACGGGCAUGUCGAAUCCGAUCAGUUUGCUACCCUGA